AUGGAGAAGUGUGAGGAGGACGAUGUGGUACUGAAGGCCACUAAGUUCAUGGAGGAUUUGUCCUUCUACGAGCCCUGCCCGGACGGUUUGUACGGCAGCGGCGGCCGCCGGAAUCUGGCGCUGCACCCCGACCUGGAGGAGACCAAACGGGUUACCGCCGUCCACGUGACGACGGAACAGUGGGGUUGGAAGACGAACGGCACUGCCGUGCUGCCCUCCGCCGAAGUCUUCCCCGCCGCCGCUUCCUGCGCUAAAGCCUACCCGCCUGCGGCGCCGGCCGCCCCGCUCCGCGCCGCCAACGGCCGCGCCGCUGAGCCGCCGCCGUGCUGGGAGGAGGGGCUGUGCACCCGCUCCGAGGUGGCGCUGCCCUGCUACAGCGGUUUCGCCGACAAGGGUAAGCGCUACUCGGCCGAGGGUUACCGCUACGCCGCGGGCAGUGCCUAUGAGAGCGGCUACGUGGUCAAGGGCAGCGGGCGGGCGCCCGGUGGCGGCCCGGACGGCAAGUAUAGUGGAGCCAGCCCGAGGGCCAGCCUGGUCGCUUACUCGCCGGGCCCCGCCGCCGAGCAUGGCAAGUUCUCCAGCCCGGGCGGCGCGGCGGCGCUGCCCUACGAGAAGUUCUCUAGCCCGCGCUCCAGCUUGGUGGUACCCAGACAGGAGAAGUAUAGCAGCCCCCGUGCCAGCCUGAUGCAGUACGACGGCGCCGCCCUCAGCCCCCGCUCCAGCUACACUAGCACGGCCAGCGACACCAGCAAGCACUCUAGCCCCCGCGCCAGCCUCACAAGUUACGAUGGCGGUGGCAGCAGCAAGCCCAGCAGCAACCGUACCAGCGGCAUCAGCAUGGGCUACGACCAGCGCCGCUCCAGCACCGCUAGCCAGUACUCCUGCACCACCAGUCCUCGUUCCAGCUACUCGGACUCCAAGCACGGCCCGCCGGGCAGCAGCGCCGAGCCGGAGAGUGCGGGCGGCGCCGGGCUUGCCCUGGCCAGUCCCCGCUCUAGCCUCUGCGGCCCUGAGGGCCGCGGCGCGGCGGGCGCCGCCGUGGUGAGCCCCCGCUCCAGUAUCUCUAGCCAAAGCUCGCGGAGCUCCCGCGGCUCCAUGAGUGCCUACCCCGAGCUGCAGCUGUCCUCGCCUCGUUCCUCCCUGCUGGGGCCCGGCCUGCAGGAGGACGGCGCCGCGCCGGAGCUGGGGGACGUCUACUAUAAGAUCUAUGCCCAGUCCCCGCCGCGGCACGACCAGCAGCACCUGGCCGCCGCCCUCGAGGCCGUGUCCCCCUAUGCCUACUGCCCGACCAAAGGUUCCGCUUCGGCGCCCAAAUUCAAGCUCCCCUACCAGGUGACGCCGUGCCGGGAGAGCGGCCCCAGCCAGGCGGAGAGGCGGCUGGAGGCGCUGACACUGGAGCUGGAGAAGGAACUGGAGAUGCACAUGAAGAAAGAGUACUUCGGUAUUUGUAUAAAAUGUGGAAAAGGUGUGUAUGGAGCGAGCCAGGCUUGCCAAGCAAUGGGUAACCUCUAUCAUACCAACUGUUUCACAUGCUGCUCUUGUGGGAGAAGACUACGAGGAAAAGCGUUCUACAAUGUCAAUGGCAAGGUGUACUGUGAAGAAGACUUCCUAUAUUCAGGUUUUCAGCAAACAGCAGACAAGUGCUUUGUUUGUGGACACCUCAUAAUGGAAAUGAUCUUGCAGGCCCUUGGAAAGUCAUACCAUCCUGGCUGCUUCCGCUGCAUGGUGUGUAACGAGUGUUUGGAUGGAGUCCCUUUCACUGUAGAUGUGGAGAACAAUAUUUACUGUGUCAAAGACUACCAUACGGUUUUUGCACCAAAAUGCGCUUCCUGUAACCAGCCGAUACUACCAGCACAGGACUCCGAGGAGACCAUUCGGGUGGUGUCAAUGGACAAAGACUACCAUGUGGAGUGCUAUCACUGCGAAGAUUGUGGCUUGCAGCUCAAUGAUGAGGAAGGCCGUCGUUGUUACCCAUUAGAGGGCCACUUGCUCUGCCAUGGCUGUCAUAUCAGGCGCCUUAAUAUUGAACUGCCAUCACAUCCACCUCCAAGCUAUCCGAUGCAUAUCACAGAACUCUGAAAGACAUUUCCAUUACCAAUAAGCCAUUUGAAAGAGAAGACAAAAAUCUAAAAAUUACUUUCCUGUUCCUUUAAAGAUGAGAUUCCAGUAAUAACCAUCUAAACCAGCUAUUUAUUUUUUAAAACAGAGGUGAGGGUUCCUUUUCUGAUCUUGUACAUAUGCAUUCUUUUAUCUAGACGUUUUCACUGAGACACCAUCUACUUGAACAAAUAAUUCACCACUAAACUGUAACUGUAAAUGGCAGCAUUUCUAAAGCAAUGGUACAAAGGGCUGUUCUGCACUCCCUACUCACUUUCCUCCAGUGGAGAUUUCACCCAAGUAAGAAGUGUAGAAUUACUUUCCAAAAGUUAGCACCUUAUCAUAUUGCAGCAAGCAUGAUAAGAUAAAUGCUAGCAUUUUAGCUAGUUUUGUUGAAUUAUGGUCUUAGAGAAUACAGGCUCACAUUUUUUAAAACUUAGGAAGCAAACAAGUGUUUUUAGUAAGGACAUUUUCAGCAUGGGUUAAAUAAUAGCAUUCUCUGAAGAAGCAUCAGUCCAGCUUUCUAUCCUACAAGGUUCCACAGUCAUCCAAAGACUAUUUAGCUUGUUGAAGAAAUAUGGCAAGCAUCUCUCAUAAAAACUACGUUACAGAGGAUUAUAUCCAAAAGGUUAGCACAUGCAGGGUCAUAACAGUUGAAGAAAGUUACAGACCUCUGUAAUUGCUUGCCAUGUACAACUGUAGCCAUGGUUUCAAAAUACAUUCAUAUCAACUUGAUGAUUUGGCACUUACUAAAGAAUUCAUCUUUCAAAGCUGUUUUUUGUUUAAUAGGGUUAGCUGCCCCUUUCUAUGCAAAGGUACACUUGUCUUUAUACUACUUGUUUUAUACAAGACUUCAUUUGGUACCAACUGCUUUAUGAUUGUAUGUUGAUACAUUAUUAAAAA